AUGUGGGAGAAGGAGAGAGGAGACCACGCUACACCACACAACACCACUCCACACCAAAACACACCACACCACACCACAACACACCACACCAAACCACGCCACAACACGCCACGCCAGACCACCACACACCACAUCACGCCACACCACAACACACCACACCACACCACACACCACACCACGUCAUGCCACGCCACACCACAACAAAACACAACACAACACAACACACCACACCACUCCACAUCACAACACACCACGCCACGCCAGGCCACGCCACAACACCGACCACGCUACACCACACAACACCACUCCACACCAAAACACACCACACCACACCACACCACAACACAACACACCACGCCACGCCACGCCACGCCAGGCAACGCCACAACACCGGCACCACACCACACCACAACACACCACACCAAACCACGCCACAACACGCCACGCCAGACCACCACACACCACAUCACGCCACAACACAUCACGCCACACCACACCACACCACACCACAACACACCACGCCACGCCAGGCCACGCCACAACACCGACCACCACACACCACAUCACGCCACACCACAACACACCACACCACACCACUCCACACCACAACACACCACGCCAGGCCACGCCACACCAAAACCACACCACUCCAUACCACGCCACACCACAAACCACACAUCACGCCACACCACACCACACCACAUCACGCCACACCACAACACACCACACAACACCACUCCACACCACAACACACCACGCCAGGCCACGCCACACCAAAACCACACCACUCCAUACCACGCCACACCACAAACCACACAUCACGCCACACCACAACACACCACACCACAUCAUGCCACACCACAACACACCACGCCACGCCACACCAAAACCCCACCACUCCACACCAAAACCACUUCAUACCACACCAAAACCACAACACGCCACGCCACGCCACAACACAACACACCACACCAGACCACACCAAACAACACCGAGUGGUGA